CUGCAGUAAAAUAGGUUUUUCUCCACGAAGACUUCAUGUUUUUCGAACUUUGAUCAGAAAUUCGGAAUCAGCAUCGAAUUCUGCAUCUGAUGAUGUAUUAAUUUUAAAAAAUUAAGGAAAAAAUGUUUUUUGAUGGUCCUGGAGUCCCCUCCAGGUGCGAAACUACAGGUGAAAAAUGAAAGUCGCUUUUCGACAGAAAAAAGUACCUCAUUUUACUCAGAAUUUAAUGCUGUUUCCGAAUAUGUGAUUCUUUUUGAGAAAUAUUUUGGGCAAAAAAACGGCCUUACCGCCACUUGUCCUUUGGAACUAUCGAUGAAAUUAUUAUAAUCCAAAAUUCUAAUGGUUCGUUUAAAUAAAUAAAUUUUAAAUAAAACAAAACCUUUUUUUUUAAGGAAAAUCUCGUGGUUUUGGAUAUGUUGAAUUUAAUGAAUCCAAAGCUGUUGAUGAAGUUCUUCUUCAAAAACCACAUAUCAUCAAUAGUCGAACAAUCGAGGUGGAAAGACCUGUACCAAAAGAACAAAUACAACAACAAUUCAGAUCUAAUUCAACAUCUAGUGGUCCUGGCAUGUCUUCAUUUAAUCGUAAUAACUGUUCGAAUUAUGCAACAGCAAAUUCUGGUCCACCACAGGCCCGUAGCCAGGGGUCAAAUAAGAGAACAACAGACAACUCAACGUCUUCUGCUCUUUCACAACACGAUCUGCCUCAACCAUUACAAACAGUACCUGUGGUUCUUGACGAAUCGAAUACAACACUAGAUAUCGAAGCGGACAGCUCUUCUGCUUCAAAGAAAUUUAAAUCAAAUGAUCAUGAAACUUCAACUGAUGCAGAAAUUCAGCCAUUUAGUAAAAAUGACAUCGGCUUAUUUGUUGGUAAAGAUCAUAUAUCAGCCACAGAAAUUCAUGAUGUAUUAACAAAUCCAUGGAUACCAUCAGAUAAUUAUAAUUUUCCUCAAGUUCUCAUUCAUAAAAAAAUGCGAUCAAUUUGCCAACAUUCAUGGUUAUCCAGAUAUUCUUGGUUAAGCUAUUCUCUUGUUUCUCGUGGUGUUUUCUGCCGCUAUUGUGUUUUGUUUAAACGAAAGUGA